GUGGAGAACAUGGGAUGGGCAAUCGCUCUUCCUGGCGGCGCCGGCGACAUUCCACGCUCACUUUCCCCUGACCGCCGCCUCCCUCGCGAGGCCGCUCUCCGCCACUGCCUCCAACUCGGCGUCUCCGCUCUCCAAUCCCACGCCCACCCUCUCGACGUCGUCGAACUCGUGGUUCGCGAAUUAGAGAACCACCCGCAGUUCAAUGCUGGAAAGGGAUCGGUG